GUGAAUGAAGCCAACGCAACUGUUGUAUAUUAUCCACGUUUCGAAGUGUCACAGCACGAAAUCCGUUUAAACAACGUGAACACACUGCAUGCUGAUCUGGCUGUUCAUGCUGCGGCGGUUGUAGCGCCAAAGAUUGUGCUGGAAACGGAUGCUGGAAAUGUUUUGCGCAUUGAGGAAAUGAAGUCAACAUCGCCAACAGUGUUACGUUAUCGUAUCAAGCUUAACGUCCAUUCGGCGCUGACCUGGCAUGAGCUUUUGGACAGGUGCAAUAUAUCAGUGAAAAACACACUUACCGGGCAAACUGAAGUAAUACCGGUAAAAGUGGUGCUGCACGGUGACGCUUCCAAGGCUGUUUUGCAUGCAUCUGAUACGUUUUUCGGCGUUAUUGGAACGUUUUUGGAAUCAACAAUAGUUCAAGUGUGCGCAUCACUUUUUACCGCCGCCUUCAUAGCCAUCCUGAUAGGUUGGCAUUCGCAGCUAGUCUCUCCUGGAGCCAGGAGCAUGUUAUCGCCUGAGCUUUCGGCAUUAUCGAGAACCAGUCGUUCUGGCGGUGGUCCCGAGGAACCGCUUUUAUGGAGCAUUUCAAACGGCGCUUUGUCGCAAUCUGAGUUACGAAGGCGACAUCAAAUGUACGAUCGAGAAUUGGCAUUUGAUGACGAUCGAAUAGGGUUUGUAAAACCGACGGCAAGGAUUUCACCGACCAGUUCACCAUCGCCAUCCAAAAUGCGCAAAGAUAACGAUGAUGCGCCAUAUUUGUUUUCAAAGUUUGGUUCUUCAAGAGGUGCCCUCCGUUAA